ACCGUACCCUGUUAGUGACAAAAACAUUACGUCCAUGUAUGUUUCAUGCUGCUAUGAGAUGAUGUGUUGUUCAAUGGUUAAUAAUAACAAUAAUGUUAUGUUGAUCAGUAGUCAGUGAUCGAUAGUCAGUACUUGAGCUCUGUUCCAUGAUUUUCUUCAUCUAGAUUUUGCACGAUUAUAGUUGAAACUAAGGAGUUUCCUUGAAGUGAAGGAGCUUCUCAGAGAGGGGGAUUUAGAGAGGGGGAGAGAGAGAGGGAGAGAGGAAUUGAAGAAUCGCGUUUCUUCUCAGAGAAGGGGAUUUAUUCUCAGAGAGAGAGGAAUUGAAGUGCUCCUGAGACUGAAGAAUCGUGUUUCAGUAGAAGUUUGAGAUUGAUUUUAGCGUGUUGUCUCAGUGUAGAAGAAGUCGUGUCCAAAUUUUCAAUUAGGGUUUCGUUGAUUGGUGGAGGUGUUCGUCGAUUGGAGUGGUAAUUUGUGAUAUGAGAGGUGUUUUGUCAAUUGAUGAGGUUAUUAGGGUUUUGGGCCUUUGUUUCACAGUUUCAAGUUGGGGUUUUUUUAGGUUCUUGUGUUGGAGGGGUUUUCCGAUUGAAGGAUCGUUUUGUGUUUUGAGUAAGUGGAUUUCUCUGUUUCUUUUUAGGUUUUUGUUUGUCUGCUUUGUUUCUACAGCAUUCUCUGAGAAGAAUUUUCAAAUUACAAGGUCUUCUGCUCAUCUUUGUUGUUUUAAUUAGUGGUUUGAUAUAUGGUACUUUGAGGUUUCAUUCUUUGAAAUCUUAAUUUCCCAUCUUUCAAAUUCUAAUUAUUGUCCCUGUUUGAUAAUUGUGUGUAUUUGAAGCUGCAUUAGUCAAGGGUAUUGUGGUUUGUUUGCAUGUGUGUAGUUUACACAACUAGUUCUUACUCCUCAGUGGUGCAAGAAAUUGUUCAGGGGUUGUGCAACUGAGGAUUUGUUCUUUAAUUCUUCUCUUUUGCUCAGUGAAGUUUCUUUCAGUGUUGAGGAAAAGGGCAGUUGCAGCGGUUAUUUGUACAGGGCGCUAUGCCUUGCGCUCGUUCUCGAUCAUCCUCCACCUCGAAGGGCAAAAUUCCAGUAUCAUCUUCUGUUUCGAGGUCAGUGUAUUCUUCUCCUACCCCAUCUCAAUUCCCAUCAACAUCAUCACAGGGAGAUAAAGUUCCUUGCCCAUUCAAAGGAUAUGAUGGGUGUGGAGGUGGAGUCUGUGGAAGGGGUUAUGCUAAGAGCGCAAUCUACCGUCAUAUAUCAGAUCAACACUUCCCCACUGAGAAGGAAAAACAAAUUUGUAGAGAACAUAUCCAUAAUAAUCCUGACUGCUUUGCUGCUUGGGAAAAUGUCUUAUUUGCUAUGCAAAUGUGGUUGUGCAUGAAAUGUCUGCGCAUCCAUGCCUGGAGAAAAACUUGUACUUCGGAACUACAUAAGGCUGAUGUUAUUGCAGGUCUGUUUAACGGCAAUGGGGCUGACUUCCUGAUCCAUGGUGUUUCGAAACCACAGGCUGUUAGUUCAUAUGAUAGUGCAGUAGAAUCUGGCAAUACUGGUGACAAUGACGCAGUUGUAGGCUUGUCUUUGGACAUGCUUAACACUGUUUUUCAGAGAAGAAUUACUACCACUGCAAGUGUACCCCCUCCUUGUAGACUGCAGUUUUCGCGGGCCCUUAAAUCAUCCCUGGAUUUGGUGAUUGCACAACCAGAUAACUUGCAGGCUUGGCUUCAGUUGCUGCUGUUACCUGCAUGUACGCUCAAUCGGUAUGUACCUAGUUGCACCAGUGAGGAGAGGUCAGGAACUCGCAAGAAACUGCAGAUUACAGCUAUUAAUCAGUCCUUGUGUACAUGGAGAGAGCCUAAUGGUUGUGCUGCCUUGGUUCACAAAAUACUUGGUCUCUCCAAGCCAUCAACAGCCGUCAGCAAACCUGCCAAGGAGAAAAAGAAGGUCAGUGCCAAUUUUUCAGCUUGUAAGAAAAAGAUUAGCCAUGGACAUUACACGGCUGCCAUCCGUGUACUUUCCUCCGAUGGCAUGGCACCUGCCUCUCCUGAGACCUUGCAAGACUUGAUACUUAAACACCCUCCGGCACCUCCUCCAUCGCUCUCUGUACGUGACAAUUCUACUCCUGCAUUGACUGUUGAUACAAGUGCCGUACUUUCUGCCAUUAAGAGCUUUCCCAAGGGCACCUCAUGUGGGAGGGAUGGCCUUCGUUCACAGCAUCUUCUUGAUGCAUUCAGUGGUGCCGCUGCCGCAAUCUCAGAUGAACUGUUGCAAUCCAUCACAGGCGUUGUUAACUUGUGGUUAAAUGUUAUCAUCAUACCUUGGGGAUUUCCAGUUCGGUGUGGGAACUCCUUGUGGAGGCGAAGGCAUUUUACAUGCUGCCAACAAAUUGCUGGAGUUAAAAGGGAAUUGCGCAACUCAGACUAUGAUGUUAGUUGACUUCAGAAUGCUUUCAAUUUGGUCGACAGG